CAGGAGGGCUCGGUCUAGAAGCUUCUUUGGUUCUGAAUGAAGGACUGGGCUUGAGUACUGAGCUACCUGCCUGCGGAGCCACAGAUUCCCAGAUUAUUCCUGGGUUACCACAGUCAGAACAGCAACCAUGGCCAGCGCCCCAGUGACUUUCUCCUUCUCCCUUGCCCACUUCCUUCUCUUCGUCUUCAUGGCUUCCACCAUUUUCCAUCUCCAGCAGAAACUAGUAAAUAUUCAGCCCCUGUCCAAGGUGGAGAUGCUUCCAAAACCCCCGGGGUCCCCAGCAGCCACGGAGGUGACAGGGAGCAGGGAGCUGCAGGGCAUGUUCACCAUCAACGCCAUCGGCCGCCUGGGCAACCAGAUGGGCCAGUACGCCACACUGUUUGCGCUGGCCAGGAUGAACGGGCGGCCUGCCUUCAUCCCUGAGUCCAUGCACAGUACGCUGGCGCCGAUCUUCAGGAUCAGUCUCCCGGUGCUGCACAGCUCCACUGACAGGCAGAUCCCGUGGCAGAACUACCAUCUCAACGACUGGAUGGAGGAGCGCUACCACCACAUCCCAGGACGGUAUGUGCGUCUCACAGGGUACCCGUGCUCCUGGACCUUCUACCAUCACCUGCGCCCGGAGAUCCUGCAGGAGUUCAGCCUACACGACCACGUGCGGGAGGAGGCCCAGGCCUUCUUGCGGGGCCUGCGGGUGAAUGGGAGCCGGCCCCGCACCUUUGUGGGCGUCCACGUGCGUCGUGGGGACUAUGUACACGUCAUGCCCAAGGUGUGGAAGGGUGUGGUGGCUGACCGAGGCUACCUGGAGCAGGCCCUGGACAGGUUCCGGGCUCGCCACCAGUCCCCAGUCUUUGUGGUCACCAGCAACGGCAUGGCCUGGUGCAGAGAGAACAUCAACAUCUCCCGAGGGGACGUGGUUUUCGCUGGCAAUGGUAUCGAGGGCUCUCCAGCCAAAGAUUUCGCGCUCCUCACACAGUGCAACCACACCAUCAUGACCAUAGGGACUUUCGGGAUUUGGGCUGCCUACUUGACAGGUGGGGACACCAUCUACCUGGCCAACUACACCCUCCCGGACUCUCCCUUCCUCAAAAUCUUUAAGCCAGAGGCAGCCUUCCUACCUGAGUGGGUGGGAAUCCCUGCAGACCUGUCCCCACUCCUUAAGCACUAAUGCAAGCCUGUCCCUGACCACUGUGGCAGGACCCAAGGCAUUCACAGCAAGACCCUUCUGCCUUGUACAAGCAUGCCUUGGGAUGCAAGCAAGAGAAUGCUAACAUGUUCAAAGAACAUGUUCACAGGCUGAGCACCACCAGAGCAGGUGUGAUCCAGCUCCAACAUUCAUUUACUAAACAGCUUAGAUACAUCAUAAGUGACCCCAGUUCCCUCUAUAUUCUUGGGGUGCCAUCAUUUCUAAGCACAGCUGCCUAAAGAUGCCCAAACGGCAGCAACGUACUGAUAACCAUUGCAGCAAGAGAAGGCUCAUCCUUAGCUUGAGUCCCUUUUGAAAGCUCAAGGAAACCUGUAUUCAUCCAUUGUUUUGCUUGUCGUUGGUACCCUGUUCCCAUGGGCUCCUUCUUUGUCCUAAUCAGGCUAUCUGAGAAAAAGCCAUGUUGCUAUUUAACAUAAGUGUAACAACGUCACAAGCCCACCUUAGCAGCCCUCCCUUCCUGGAGUAUAUAUCAUCAAGAGCAGGGAGACCAGAGUGGCUCCGUGAGCCCUAGGGGCUUCUUCUUGCUCUUUCAGAAUGUGUCAUCAUCUGUUACACAGUGGGUGCACCCCAUAACACUCCUCUCACAAAGACCUUGGAACCACCAUUACCAACACAGCCAGGAGGAUCUGACUUAUAGAGUGGGGUGUGGUGGUGCCUUCCUGCCAUUCUAUCAUAGGGUAGGCUGAGGCAGGAGUGUCCAAGAGUUGGAGGCAAGCCUGGGCUACAUUGUGAGACCCUAUCAAAAAG